AAGCGAGGCAGGCGAGGCAGGCGAGCGAAACGGGACCGCCGAACCGCCCGGACUGGGAAGCGCGCGCUCGCACACACGGCAGAGUGACGACGACGCUUCGAGAGCCCGGACCACGCGCGCGCUAGAAGCAGAGACGCCCCCAGUGAGCAGGCUACAGCAGGCAGGCAGCAGUGCACAGCAGAGUGUCUAGAGACGGCCAUCCGAUUUCUUUCCGUGUUUUGGUUUUGGCGUGUGCGGUCCCGGCUUACUACUACGCGCUACCUUACCUACUGCCCGUGCGUGCGUGCGUGCGUGCGUUUUGUGUGUGUGUCUGUGCGUGCGUGCAUUUUGCUGCUUGUCGUGUGUAGUGUUUGGGGGGGGGGGCAUCGUUUUUUGUUGGCUGUUGUGUGCGGGGCCAGUUCGUCGGACACAGUUGGUGCACCCCAGAAGGUGCGUAGAAGAGGGUUCAUCCGGCCCCCGGGGGGACGAACACACAGAGUGAGAGACACACACAAACGCCGCAGCAGAGCGGCCGGCGCCCAGCCAGUGUGUGUGUGUGUGUGUGUGUAGUGUGGGUCUGGCUGUGCUCGCCAAUUCCUUAGUGUUGUGUUCCCCCCCCUUCCGUUGUUGGGUGUGCGUUGCGUCGUCGUCCGUUCCGUUGGGAGGUGGGGGUGGAGUGGAGCCAACACGCCGGUCCGUGUGUGUCACACUACGAGCACGAAAUUGUGAUUCUUUGGCUACACCUCCCGGCGAGGAAGGAAGGAAAAAGCGUGUCUGUGUGUGCGCGUUUCGGUGAACAAGGACACACACCGGUGCGUCUUUGUGUGUGUGUGCAUCGGGUGACAGCAAUCAGUAAGCGGCCGAACGGACAUCCUCCUGCUAUCAACCCCUGUCCUUCCGGAGCCCGUCAUCACGCAACCCCCAGGGACCCAGGGACACGAGCAUUGCUCAGGUACGGUGUGCACAAAUUCCUCCAAAAAUUCGGUGUAUUAUCAACCAAAUCGGAAACAAUAAACCUAGUGUAAAGAGAACGCGUGAAGAGGAGGAGCAGGAGCGCCUGUUUGUAGCGUACACAGCUCCAAAGGCGACACCUCCAAGGAACCAAGAGCAAUAGCAUUUCGUAGCACUCUAAAGCAACUAGAGCAGAGAGAGAGAGAGAGAGAAGUAAAAAAGCAACAAAACUGCCUAGCACAAGCAUGGACGAUUUUUCGCUCGCGUUCGACGACAGCCGGCAGUCGCUGUCGGUGGCGACGGCGGCCACCACGCUCGCCCAGCUGACGUCCCAGUUCGACGAUCUGCACCUCGGCACCGGUGGUGCGGACGCGACGAGCCUGCUGAGCGGGCUGGUGGGGGCCGGCGGGCUCGGCAGCAUCGGUGGGCUGCACCAUCACCAUCACACGCUCGCGUCCCUGGCCGCCGCCGCCGGUCCGGACAGUGGGCUGCUCGAUCGGCACCACCAUCACCAUCUGGGCGGCUGUGCCAACGGUGGCACCGGUGGUGGGGCCCCGGGCCACCAGACGCCGAACUCUACCAGUGCGGCCGCCGCCGCCGCCGCCGCCACCAACGUGCUGGAUACGUUUGUCGCGAUGGUCAGCGGGCUGACGGGCGUGUGUGCGGCGAACGGCGGCAGCACCAACGGUACCGUUGGCCCGACCGGGGGCCUCGGUGGAGUAGUGAAUGGCGGUGGCGGUGGUGGCGGCGGUGGCGGCGGCAGCGGCGGCAACCUCAUAACCAGCAACGGCACGACCAACGGCGGCAGCGGCAAGCUCGAGGAGCGGCCGGUCAAGUACAAGUCGCACACGGAGUGCGUGCCAGUGCCGUCGUCCGAGCACGUGGCCGAGAUCGUCGGCCGCCAGGGGUGCAAGAUAAAGGCGCUGCGGGCGAAGACGAACACGUUCAUCAAGACGCCGAUCCGGGGCGAGGAGCCGAUCUUCGUCAUCACCGGCACGAAGGAGGACGUGACGCGGGCGAAGCAGGAGAUACUGUCCGCGGCGGACCAUUUCAGCACGCUGCGCUCGUCGAAGAAGCAGGCGAUCGCGCUGCUCGCGGAAAGCCGCAACAUGCUCGGGUACAGCAUGCCGGACGAGAUCACGAUCCAGAUCCGGGUGCCGCAGAAGGUGGUCGGGCUGGUCGUCGGGCCGAAGGGGGCCACGAUCAAGAACAUCCAGCUCAAGACGAACACGUACAUCAUCACGCCGAAGCGCAACCAGGAGUCGGUGUUCGAGAUUACCGGCCUGCCGACGAACGUGCACACCGCCCGGCAGCUGAUCGAGGAGCACAUUGCGACGCGGGCCGGCACCACCGCUUCCGGCGCGGCUGGCGGCAAUGGGGGCGGCGGUGGUGGAGGUGGCGGAGGCGGCGGGGGUAGCAGUGGGGGCAGUAGUAGCAGCAGCAGCAGUAGCAGCACCACCAGCUCGAGCGGCUCGUCCACGUCCUCGUCCGGGCACGGCAUUGGCCCGGGGGGUGGCGGCGGCGGCGGCGGCGGUGGUGGUGGUGGGCUGAGCCGGUCCGGAUCGUCCAGUGGGGCAAGCAACGGUGGCAACGGGCCGGGCCUGGGCUGCCUGUCCGGGAGCGUGACCGGCAGUGCGGGCUCCCUCAUCGGAGGCUUCGGGGGCGGCGGAAACGGUCUGCUAAACGGGAACCAAUACCACCACCAUCACCAUCAUCUGGAGCAGCAGCAGCAGCAGCAGCACAACAAUCACCAUCAUCUGCACCAUCCGCACCAUCAGGGGACGCUGCUGAAUGGCGGAAGCCUGUCCAGUGCCUUGAACGACGGUGGCGGCGGCGGUACCAACGGGCUGCUCGGUGGCAUCGGCAGCGAGCACGACUUCGAGGGCAACCAGUUCAUCAUCGACAAUCUGCUCGAGUACUUCAACAACAUGUCCGGCACGAACCAGCAGCAGCAGCACCAUCACCACCAGCAGCAGCAGCACCACCACCACCACCACCACGAGCCGUACCUUUCGCCCGGCGCCGGCGGGACCGGGAUCGGCGGCGAGCACAUACCCGACUUCCGCAGCAUCUGGGAGAGCCUGAGCGAAAGCCAAACGUCCGGCACGACCACCGACAACUCGGACAACUCGUCGCUCGUCUGGACGCUGCCGUCGUCGCCGCGCAACUCCGUCUCGUACAGCCCGGACGAUUUCAUCUUCCAACGAUAGGAUGUGUGUGUGCCGCGGCACCGAAGAACCCCCCCAAGCCACUGGGAACAACAACUGUGAAGCAAUACAGCCGGCGCAAAGACCGAUAUCAUCCGCCCGCACACUACGUUUUGGAUCCUUUGAACGGUGAAGGAAGCGAGAGAGAGAGAGAGAGAGAGAGAGAGAGAGAGGAUCGCUCAAAGCUACACACAAUUCUCGUUGUACGAUCGUUCCUGGUUGAGCCGCUCGAAUGGUCAGGACGUAUGGCGCCGGAGCCUGCCAGUCUGUUCUGUGGGGUUUACCGUUUUCAUUUGUGAUUUACGAGCGCACGAGCUACUGUUUCGAUUGUAUUUUUGUAAUUUUUUUUUAAAUUUGUUUGCCUUUGUUUCCAUUGUGUUGUAGUUGUAGGCUUUUAAUCUUUUAGAGCUUUUGGGGCGCAUUAGCGCCCGUGCAUAGCGCCACGAGGAGAAAAGAAACCAAAAGGAAGCGCAUGGGGAAACCGCCGGAGCGUUUUGCGUGUUAUUCUGUAAGACUCUAAGGGAUACAGAGAGAGGGAGAGAUAGAGAGAGGGAGAGAGAGAGAAAGAGAGAGAGAGAGAGAGAGAGAGAGAGAGAGAGAAGGAGAAGGAGAGCACAACACGGCAAAGGUUGUUUGUUUGUUUUGACUUGCGUGUAAUUAAGUUAUGUUUUUAAAAUAAUUUAAAUUAAUCUUUAAGUUUUAUAUUUGCUCAUCUUGUUCGCUUUCAAGCAAGCAAAAUAUCGAGAAAGAGGAGGAAGAAGAAAAACGAAGCGACACAGCAUCCCAGUUACAAUUUGUAUCGUCCUAUGAGAGCAUGCUGGAGGGCGGUUCUAAUCGUAGUUAACACAGCCCGCGCGAGUGGCCAGGAGCAGGGCAGGCAGCGAUACACCCAAUACAUUUACAUACAUAAUGAGCACAAGCGCAUUUUCCAGAACAUAUGAGGCAGGGCGCGUAUAUUAUUAAAACGAAAAAAAAACAACAUCACAUACACGCAAAGAAGAGCGGAGCUUUAUACUAAUUUAAUAGUGUAUAGGUUUACAUGAACUAGCAUUUUAGAGUGUGAAAUCGCACACACACACACGCGUACAGAAUGAGAUUUGUUGUUCGGGUUCCGGUGGUGUGUUGGGGAUGGGGACGACCAUUGUUGGAUUUAUCCGUCAUUGUUUCGCUAAUCCCCUUAAUUAAUCCCACACACACACACACCAACAUGCCCACACACGUACAGAAUGAGAUUCAGAUCGGUUUUGAUGAGAUGACGUGGUGAAACUCUCAUGUUCACUCAUCAAACACAACUUAGCAAGAAUAUUUCAUCCCCAUUUUCAGCGAUUAGAGAGACACACACAUACACACACACACUCACACACGCUCAGAUAGCGGCAAUAAUGGCGAAAGAGGGGGCGGAAGCGAAUUUUAAUAAUUAAAAAGUAAUAAUAUUAGCAAGCCAAGGAUGAUCUGUGUGUGUGUGUAUGUGUGUGUGGCGUAUAAGGAGCGAAGGCGCGCACAGUGUAUAGCAAAACGUGUUUAAAAAGUGAAGUUUAAAUGCCUAAACGAAAAACGAAAGGAAGCGUGUGUGUGAGAGAGAGAGAAAGAGCAUUAGAGGGCAAACAAAGCAAAGAAGGAAAAACAAACAGUAGCCAGCAGGACACACUGGGACGACACACCGGGUGGAGCGGUCCAGUUUUCUUUUAAAAAUAUUUGUUAAAUUCUAUUUUUAUUUCCGUUAAGUUAAAAAAAAUAUGGAAAAAGUCACGUUACAUGCAACUCGGCAGCGAAACGAAGCGAAAGAGUUUUUGUCUGCUGUGUUCUGUUGGUCGAUUCCGUUGAGAGCAAGACAUUAGUGAAUUAUGGGGGGGGGGCGUGAAAAAGUGGUACGAAAUUUUGGGGUUUUUGUUUCUCGGUUGGUACGAGCACAGGUGAUUUGCGUCCUGGCGUCCUGCUGCCUCAAAAACACACCCUCAAACACACUGCCGGUUGAAAGUUUAGCCGAAAUGUAGCAGUGAUACUAGCAAUUGAUGUUUUUUUUUCUUUCUAAACAGUCAUAUGAACACGCAGGUGUAUCGCUUUUGUUCUUGUAUGGUGUCAUUGAGCGCGCAAAGGUACUGAGUAAUUUAUUUUUUAUUGUCUGUGUAUAGUUUAUUUUAUUUUUAUUUUGUUCUUUGGAGAGUAUUUAUACAUCGGAUAGGCGGACCGGCAAUGUGUGUGUGGUGUGGUGAUGAGCAUGAUGAUAAUGAAGAAGUGAUUUAGCAGCGAGGGUUAGAUAGAUAGUUACAUAGUUAGAGAGCGAGAUGUAAACCGACUGGGCAAGAAGAGCAAAUGGAAUAAACACACACACACACACACACACACACACAUGCCGGUACGCGGUAUGAGACAAAUAGUCCACAGGAUUAUAUAUGGGGAAGAGUUGGAAAGCGAAGAAACCGGAUGUGAGUAAAACAAUUUGCCAAGGCGCUUCAAACUAAUCAAACAUAAGGAAGGGGACGUGAAAACAUAUGGAAAAUGUAGUAACACAAAACGUUAAAGAAGAGUGAAAAUAUUAUUAUGAAAAAAAUAUAUAUAUCUAUAUUAUAUGUUAAUCUACAAUGAUAACACACACACACACUGCGUAAAAGAGCGAACCUCGAAAUAAAAAAAAAAUAUGUUGGAGGAGCGGGAGCAGCGUGGUACCAAAACGCGUAAGCAAACGAAUAAUAAUGAUAACUAAUUAAUAGUAACACUCUAUCACCAUUCGGCUUAAAAGUGGCAGAGAAAGAGAAAGAACAGAGAGAGAGAGAGAGAGAGAAAAAGAGAAAGAGAAAGAGAAAAAAAUAAUAAGAACGAAGAAUAAAGAUAGAUAGAGAGAGAGAGAGAGUGCGCGCACUGAGAGAAGCAUAACAAAGAAAAUGAAUAACUAUAAUGAAUGUACUGAUGUACGCAAAAGGCAGCAGAACAGCUGCAACCACGGCAUUGAGAGCUGUAAACCAAUUAUUGUAACCUUCGAAACAAAAACAAAUGAUGACCGAAUCCCAAAAGUAAAAAAAGAGAAGAGAAAA